AUGUCAAAUAUUUCAGGUGAUGAAGCAGGUUUGUCCCCAGGGGAACACGUCCAAUAUGAGGAAAGCCAGAACCAACAGCAACAAGACAACCACUUGCAUGGCUCAAGCUCAAGACCUUAUUACCACAACCAUAAUGCCUCAAAUGAUUAUCAACAUCAUCCUCAAUCAGCCAAGAAGAAGCGAAAUCUCCCUGGAACUCCAGGCAAAUUCAACUCUAAAUUAGAUCCGAAUGCCGAAGUGAUUGCUUUGUCACCUACGACACUGAUGGCAACGAACAGAUUCGUGUGUGAGAUAUGCAACAAAGGGUUUCAGAGGGACCAGAACCUGCAGUUGCACAGGAGAGGUCACAAUCUGCCAUGGAAACUGAGACAGAGACCGAGCAAUGAAGUGAGCAAGAAGCGAGUUUACGUGUGUCCAGAGCCUUCGUGCGUCCACCAUGGCCCAGCUCGAGCACUUGGAGACCUCACUGGCAUCAAAAAGCACUUUAGCCGCAAACACGGCGAGAAGAAAUGGAAAUGCGACAAAUGCUCCAAAAAAUACGCCGUCCAAUCUGAUCGGAAAGCCCACCAGAAAACCUGCGGCACCCGCGAAUACAAGUGCGAUUGUGGCACCAUAUUUUCCAGGAGAGAUAGUUUCGUCACUCACAGGGCAUUUUGUGAUGCGUUGACUGAAGAAAAUAACAGGGCGAACCAGGGAUUAACCAGUGCAAAAUCUGCAGUAUCUCUAAACACUCAUUCCAACGAAGCAUCUGAGUUAAACACAAUGGCUCCUCAGGGAAUCGUUCCUGUGUCAUUGAAGUGGGGAGGCCUGUUCACCACCGCUUCAGGUGCACUUGUCGGUGGUCUUAAGGGCUUGCCCCCUCCUUCGUCCAGCUCCUCUGUUUUUGAUUCCAUCCAAGAGGGCCAAAAAGGUUCAGAGUCAGCCCACGCGUCUGCAACGGCUUUACUACAGAGAGCAGCUCAAAUGGGUGCCACCGCAAGUAAUAAUAGCAAUAACUCUCCCAUGGUUCAUAAAGGGUAUGUUACUUCCAUGGCAGGCCCUGAUUACCACCCUCAACCAAACCUGGCUGGGAUUGGUGGAGGUGGGGAAUUCAGCAACCUCUUGUUCCAGAAAGGUGGGCAAGAAAUGUCGCAAUCGUUUGACUCUUACAAUGCAUCUGGUUUGAAUGAUAUGGAAAUGUUGAGCCAAAUGGUGAUGGGAGGAAGACAUGGAACAGAAGCAAACUCUGAGGAGCUCGAAAGGAAUGGAGGAGCAAGUGAGAUGACCAGAGUCCACGACUUCUUGGGCGUCGGGGGGCCCCCUCCCAUGCCCAUUCCGACGAAUUUGCACGGGCUUCACAGUAGCUUUGGCUAUAACGGAGAUUGGAGUUGGAAGCAGUUAUGA